AUGAACCAAGCAUCAAGUGGAGUAAAAUCCGCAUUGUGGAUAUCUCUUCUGCAUGGCUGCCUUUUUCUCAUCGCUGGUUCCGGAACAGAUGCUCCACUCGAUAAUACAACCAUGGACAUAUCAUCGCAGCGGUUCCGUUCAGAAUUCCUACAAGAAUGGCACAGUGCGCAAGACACACCAUACUUCGAUCCUAGUACACCAAGAAAUAUUACCGGCCUUGUUGGACAUCCGGUGAGACUACUUUGCAGAGUCAAGAAUUUACAAAAUAGAACCGUAUCUUGGGUACGUCACCGUGACAUCCAUCUUUUAACGGUAGGACGAUAUACUUACACGUCGGAUCAACGUUUCGAAGCUCAACAUAAGCCACGAUCAGAGGAAUGGGCGCUUCGUAUCCGCAGUCCACAGCGCCGUGACUCAGGCCAGUACGAGUGUCAAAUAUCCACAACACCCCCUAUAGGUCAUCCCGUUUUUCUUAACAUUGUCGAACCUGAGACAACGAUAUCGAGUGGUGCAGAAUUAUUUAUACAGUCAGGAUCGACUAUCAAUCUAACUUGUACUGUCCGACAUACACCCGAACCACCUACAUCUAUAACAUGGACACAUGGAGAUCAGAUAAUAAACUUCGAUUCAGCGCGAGGAGGGAUUUCUCUGGUAACAGAAAAAGGUCUUAAAAGCACCAGUCGUCUACUUGUCCAGCGAGCGAGGGGAUCAGAUGCUGGAGUUUACACAUGCGGUCCUAACAAUGCUCCCCCAGCAACAAUACGAGUACAUGUAUUAUCCGGUGAACACCCAGCAGCGAUGCAGCAAGGCAGUGCGCAGUCAUGUCUAGAUUUAUCAGCGUCAAUGCUUAUUUGUGUAUUAUCAUUAUAUACAUUAUUAACAAACCACAUGUACUUUGGAACGUGAAUAGUAAAAAAAUAAGUAAACUUAAAACUUC